AAAUAAUUACGAAAAGUGAAGAUGAAUAUUUGGUGAGGUCAUUUUUUCUCCGAGCCUAUUGUUUAGGCCGUUGUUAAACAUGGCGUCCAAAGAGAAAAAAAAAGCGGAACGAAGGACUAAUAGUUUGAAGAAAAUUGAUGAUUUGCCUGUUGAAAAGACAGAAACUGCAUCGCAACUCUCAGAAUCAGUAGACAUUGUGCAGUCAGAAGUGAAUACUAUCUCAGAAGUUGAUCUUGAAAAACAAUUGAAAGAAAAAACUCCCGAACCAACUUACGAUGAGCCGAGACUUACGGAACUUAUUGUUGAGAGGUGAUUAAAUUGAUUAAUUACAAAUAAUACAAGUCUUGUCUUAUACUUAUUAGGAGCAAGGAGUUAAGUCCAAUUUAGAUAUUCCAUAAGUCCCAUGCCUAUAUACAAAAAAAGGAUGGGGAAGGCUGAUUAAAAAUAACAAUUUUACAUUGAUCCUGUACUAAACUGUUCUUCAACUUUAAUCAAUUUAAUCAGGUCCAGGAUUAAACUUUCUUACCUGUGACAACAAUUGUUAAAUUAUUAGCUGUCGGCCCGGGGUUUCCCAUCAUGGCUGCCAUCUUGGUUGACGUGUCAACCAAGAUGGCGGCCAAAAAUUAUUGCAAAACACGUUAUGAAACGACUGGGGAGGGGAGACCAACUCAGUAAUGAGGUAAACAUUGUAGAGUCUGUAUUAGAGUUAUUAGACCCCUCCCCCACUUUAAAUACCAAAUUCAGAAACAGAGAAAUUAUCUAGACCCCUACCCAGAACCCCUCCCCAAUUACCUGCCUAAAGUUAAAGCCACAAGUAAAAGCACAUGGAGUUUACACACUGUGGCAGUGGCCAUAAACUAUGAAAGUGAACAAAAACAAAAAAUAAUGGCUAAAAUAUUUAAAAAACAAAAAAUAAUUAAAACCCAACUUACAGUUUCAUGAAAUACACUUUUACAAAUGUAUUAUUUCAGGUUCCAAAGAAAAUAAUAGGCACAAAUGGUUAGUGCGCAACAGCUGGCAUUGGGCUAACAUGUUGCGAAGAUAGCGGCAUAAAUAUAAUAUGAUAAUUAGCCAACUAAUGAUGAUUUAAAAUUAUAAAUAAUCAACCAAUCAAAAUUAUCAUACAAAACAUGUCAUCAGCACUUCCUCCAACAAAAUCAACAAAGGGGAAUGACUCCUGCACAAAAAUUAAAUAAACACGCAAUUACGUCAUGGGAUGACAACCAAGUAUCAGCCCAACCAUUUUCUAAUUUAAAGUUAUUUGAUAUGAACUGUAUCAUAAAGGAUUUUGAAUAGAAUACAGUUUUGUACAUCUUUAUUUGAAUUGGGUACCGGUAUUUAUUUAAUUGUAAUCUGCCAGUGGAAUUUUUAUCCUUCUGAUCCACUUAUGUAAUUUUGCCGUUUGGGAAUUUGUGUAAAGACGAAUUUUAAAAAUAAAAUACAAAACUCAUCUUUCAACUCUCUUUAAUUACUUUAAUGGUUAGAUAUCAGAAAAAUCGAAGUAUUAAUAUAUUUCCAAAGUACCUACUAUCUUACAUUAUAUCAAUCUUAGGAAAUAAAACAGGAUUUAGAGAUUGCGAUUUUCGUAAUUGUCCCCUGACCGCAACACCCCCCUACCCCAACAAAAAAAGGAACUAAGAAUUAACAUCUCUUACAAAGUGGCACAUUUAGUAAAAAACAGGCCUUCAAAACAGCACUCAAGACACAUCUCUUCAAACUUUACAAUGCCGACCGAUUCCCACACCCCUCUGACGAAUAAAUGAUGCUGCUGGGUGCCAUCUUGGCUUGACAUGUAAAUAGUUCUGGGGUGGGUGGGAUGAAUAUUUGUAUAAAGCUGUUUUUAAUUAAAUAAAAAAAAAUUAAUGUCAUGUUUGUUUUUGCCAAUAUUUGUAUGUGAUUAAUGUGAAGCGCGGUGAGCCCAGCUCUAGGCUGGCAUACUGCGCUAUAUAAGACCACUGUAAUAAUAAUAAUAAAAACAUCCCUGAAUAAACUUCUCACCCAGGAUGUUGUUGGUAUGUCCCACUAGUCUGACACCUAUAGACAUCUGCUUCUUAUAUGCCAAUGGUAAAAAACUUGUAGAGGGAUCAACUAUGUUGUUUUUUAACAUUAAUAUUAUUAGAAUAAUACUUCCAGUAUUCAAAAUACUUUCUAACUUUUUUACAGUUACACUGGUGAAUUAGUAAGAGGGCUUUACAGUGGUGAAGGAGAAGCUUGGUUCAAAAAUGGAAAUUCCUACAAGGUACAUGUCAUUAUCUGGUGUAUUUUAACUUCUUCAUCUGUAUAUAUUGAGUUAUGCACUAAAUCAUACACAAUUAAAAAGGAUUAUGGUUAAAAUGUUUAAUAAUUAGAAUCUAAAAUUCUUGGAUCAACUUACAUAGAAUUUAAGCUAACAUGCACUGUUGUUUCUAAAAAGAUAAUGCUGUCGUUAUUAAGAGGUUAUUUCAAACUAUAAAAUAUUGACAGUGGGCUAAUAAGACCACCCCUUGUUGGAUUGUUUGUGUGUGAUUUGACUGUAACUGGCUGAAUUAACAUAGUAGGCUAACAUUGUUUAUUUCAGGGUUUCUUUACUCUGGGACUCAUGCAUGGCAAAGGGGUUUACAUUUGGGCUGAUGGUGUUGUAUAUGAGGUAGGAGACCAUACAAACUUUGUUUCAUGUUAUAUUUUUGUUAUACUUUUUGUUGAAUUAUUAUUUACAUUGUUGCUUAGAAUUUUGUAUAUAAAUCUGUAAUAUCCAAUGUGUGUAUUGUUAAAUAGCCGAGUCUUUGAUAAACAAUGAGUGCUAUAUUAUGUAGGUAGGUCUUUUAUAACCUUUGUGUAAAAUAUAAGUGUUUUUUUUUUGUAUAACCUUUGUGUGUGUGAAAUAUUAAAUUGGUGGGUCUUUUAUAAAUUCACCUGAAAUACAUGUUUCAUGGCUUAAUGAGAGAUUAAUAAAGACCACUUUUCAGGAAACAAUAGUUUGUUAUAUUUUUAAAAUUGACUGAACUAGUUAAAAAUAAAAAAGUCGUAUUUAUCAUAUUAUAAACAAUUAUAUGUCUGAAUGAUAUAAAAUAUGGGAAUUGAAAGGGACUGUAUUAAUUGUGUAUUUGAUGUAUCUUAUUUUGAAGGGAGAUUUCUAUGAGAAUCAGAUAACAGGGAGUGGUAGCUACACAUGGCCAGAUGGAAGGUUUGUACUUUUAAAUUUUAGUAAAUAAAAUACUCUCAUCUAGAUCUGUUGUAUUGCGUCAUGACAAACCAGUGCUGAAGAUUUGUGUUCAAGAUUUUGAUAAAAAUAUGAAUAUUUUGUGAGGUCACUUAUUCUUCAAGCACAUUAUUUAGGCCGUUUUUAAACAUGGUGUCCACGGAGAAAAUAAAGUGCAAUUAGAAAAAGUUUUUUUGUGUGUUUCAUCUACAAAGUAGGAUAGGCCUGUAACUGUAACAAACUUCCUGCAGUAGAUGAGUCCACUGGUGGGUAGUUUGAUAAGCUUCAUGUUGUGUAAGGGAACAAUUCUAUUCUAAAGUAUGCGUUAUUUUCCAGCCACACCUGGUCCACAAUCCAAAGCAACAACAAUGGUCAAUGAAGAUAACUAUAACUUACAAUUUUUAUUCACAGGAUCCUAUAUAGCAACUACCAGCUCACAAAACGUCAUCUACAAUUUCACAAUACACUAAAAUUGAGAGGUCUCGUAACACACUAACUGCCUCUGACUAAUGAGUACUUGCACUUCAAUCAUAACUUAACAGAAAUUCUCAACAGAAAUUAACAUACUAAGAUGCGCCCCGUGUUCACUCAGCAUUUAUUCACCCACUUUUUUUUAUUGACCUUUCAUGGACCAAUAAUAUCUUGCUUAUCUCCUCAGCACAUAUGCUGGAGAUGUACUUAACGGCAAACGUCAUGGCUUUGGUACAUUUACUUGUGCUAAUAAAACUGUGGCUUAUACCGGAGACUGGGACAUGGGGCAGAAGCAUGGAAAGGUAGGCUACUCCAGCUGUUCGUUGUUGUGCGUAUUCUUAGCUUUUAUUAAGGAACUUUACUUUUUUUAUAGAUAAUUGCACCUGACAUUUUUCACUUGGCCUGACAAUAAAAUAAUGUUUUGUAAUAAAUUGUGAUAGUUCAUCCGUUUCACUCAGCCUGCCAAUACAAUGUUUUGGAGUAAAUUGUGAUAGUUUAUCAGCUUUCAUAAAUUUCAUUGCUGUUUAUGUUUCAUGUCAUGUUUUGCUUGGUUUGAAACAGUGAAAAGCAUAUUGUGGCCUAUGAGAGGCAUGAGGUUCUUUGUCUUUGAAGGAAUUAAUAUACAAUGAAAUGUAGCUCUUAAAACUUAAUCACCAUGGCAUGCAUUUAAAAAAAAAAAAUCUAAAAUGACAUUCUUUUUUUUAAAUCCAUUAUAUUAAUUUUGCUUUUUUCAUGGCUGGCUGGCAAAAUCUUUGGUUUGCUAAUUGAUCCACUUCCCAUCAAUCUAUUGAGCUCAAACUUGGCACAUAGGCUCCUUACAGAUGAAAACACAUCUUUCAAAUUUUCAAAAUUCUGUUUUCCUGUUUUUUUAAGGGAAAAUAUGAAGGAAAUAUGACUUCCAGGAAUAAAAUUCGUGUUAACUGUGCUAAAUGAGAUUCUUUUAAAAAAAAUAUAGCAAGCGCGUUUGAUGCAUAAUAUUUUCUUUUGUUUUAUUUGAAAUGCUUCAAUAAAUCUGCAGUGUAAAUAUGGGUCAUUAGAAUAUUAAAAUAGUUUAGGAGCAUGAAAAAAAUGUGUGGUUGUGAGCCUGGAGGGGUGGGGGUGGGGGGAGCUCUAAUUGUGAUUCUUAUAACGUGCAUUACUUGUAUGCAUGUUUUGUCAAAUUUUCAGCCCCACGCCCCGUUGCUCGAUAUCACAUUUUAUGAUAUUUUAUGAUGGAUUUAUUUGAAAAACUUAGUUUUUAGGGAUUGUUUAAUGUAAAAAUUAAUCUGCGAUGACGUGCAACUCUUUUUUAACGGGGGGAAAGCAACAUUAUUUUUGUAACCCAGUCCACAAUCUCAUUAUACUGAUGUGCUGUAUGUUAAUGUUAUAAACUCUUGGGAACCAUGUCAUGUGGGAAUAAAACUCAGCCGGAAAAAUUAUUAUUGAUUUCAUUCCUCCCUUGGUACGAGGACAGUGGGGAAUUAACGUUAGAAAUAUCUUAUUUUACUAGGGGAGGAUGGACUUUGAUGUCGAUGGAAACUCUUUCUAUGAUGGUGACUGGGUCAGUGGAGUUAAACACGGCUGGGGCGUCCGCAGAUAUCCCUCUGGAAACAUGUACUCUGGCAUGUGGUUUAACAAUGUCAGACAUGGAGAGGGCACCAUGAAGUGGCUGGACAGAGACCAGAUUUACAGCGGUCAGUGGGAAAAUGGCAUCCAGGUAAUUGGUCUGAAAUAUUUGUCCUCCUUCAAGAGAAACUACCUGAAUUCUUGUUGACCGCAGUUUAAAAAAAAUUUAAAAAUUAAUAAAUAACUAUAAAAUGUUCAUACUGACAGCCGUGAUUCUCAUACCCUUGAAAAAUAGCUAUCUCAUUUUGAUAACUUUCAAAAUUAAUUAUUGUCAAUAAAAAUAUUAGUGAAGGAGCCAGAAUGAUCAAUACAUUGAUCGUGGGCCCUCAAAAUAUAGAAGAAGAAGAAUAUUCUUUCUAAAAUUUUACCUUUUGAAAAAGCACUUACUGAUGAUAUGCUUUUUCAGCCAAGUAAAUGAAUAGAUGACAAGCUAUGUGGUGAUAAAAAUCCUAUUUUUAACUUUCAACCUUAUGAUAGGCAAUGCUAAUCUGUAGUCUCAGUCAAUAACUAGAUCUAACUAAGAUUUCAGUAGAAGUGUUGCCAACAUUUUCAUACAUCACUUUGUCCAUGUUCAGCAUGGCUCAGGAAAUCACAUCUGGCUUCUAAAACGUGUCAAUAGAUCUCAGUAUCCAAUGCGUAACAUGUACGACGGUGACUUUGUGAAUGGGCUACGUCACGGCCACGGUGUGUUCUACUACGCCAAUGGGGCCAAGUAUGAUGGCUGCUGGAGAAAUAACUUGAAGCAUGGAAAGGUUGGAGAUUUAAAUCUUUGAACAUUUUUGAUGUUGUUACUGUGAAACUUUUUUCGUCUUUCCUUGUACUUUCAGCUUUUCAAAAAAACUCUAAUUUUAAAAAAUGAGUUAUUUUUAAAUUAAUUUUUUUAAUUUUUGGAAAGGAAAAGAUUAACGUGUAAAAAUAAUAUAGAAUGUUAUUUACAGGGAAAAUUCACAUUUAAAAAUGGCCGGAUCUAUGAAGGUCUGUUUGAGAAAGACCACAUUGUUGAGUUCCCAGACUUCACAAUUGAUGGAAUGACCUCCCCUGACAUGAGUCAAAUAAGAACCAGAACUCCUGUGCCAGCUGGUGGGUAUUCCUUAUUAUAGAGUCUAACAGAGUUGUCUUGUUGUACAUACAUAAGCGGAUUUGACCAGUAAAUAAGGCUAUACUGUUCUUAAAUCCCCUUUCAUCCCAAAUCAUCAACAACAAUUGACACUCCCAUUCAAAUGUUGAUAGUGCCAAAAUGAUUUGAGAAAUCAUUGUUUCAGACAAUGUAUCGGUGCACUCUAAUGAAAGCAGAAACACGACCGGCCCGAGUUUCCAGCUGGACACACCAGCUCUGUUAGAAACAUUUCCCUCUGAUGACAUUGAACCCGAGGUUCAGCAGGUAAUUCUUUGAUUAACAGAGGUUCCUUAUUUGAAGCCCAUCAUUCUAAGAGUCUUGAAAGUAUAGUUAUAGAUAUUAAAUUUGCAUAGUUGUUAGCUGCAAAAAGUUAGUGCAGUGUGUUUUAAUUUGUGAUGAGUCAUUAUAAAAAAAGUUCAAAUACUUUUAUGGCUUCUGAUUAUAAAUUUCCAUACUAGUAAAUAUACACAAUGUCGAGAAGCGAUUCUUCUGUAUGGCCAAGUCUUUCACUUCAUUCCGUUUGGCAGUACAUCAUACAGCAACAGUCACCAAUGCAACAAACAUCAACCGGUUUGUUGUAAACAAAAGUUUAUUUAACCACAAUUCACAAACUAAGGUUGAUACUUAAUGUUGGAGCAACAAUCGAAUCCUUUCAGCACAACUCUUAAUUUAAUUAACCGCAAUUCCCAAACUAUGGUUGAUACUUAAUUUCUGAGAAACAAUCAAAUCUUCUCAGCACAACACUUAGCAGUAUUCAAUUCACAACAGUCAAUGUAGCACAUCCGCCAUCUGUCUUCUCUAACAACACUAAAACUCACGCGUCACUUCCCAUUACACAAUUACGUCACAACGCUCUCACACAAACGAUACGGCUGCACAUAAAAUCUCUAACUAACAUCUUUUCCCUAUCAAACAUGACAACAACGCUCUACACAUAGCAACAGUGAUUCUCAUACCCUCGACACACAACAUGUUUCUGUGAUUUAAAGAAAAAAAAUGUAUGUAUCACUAUUAUCUUCUUUUAUUAAAUAGCAAAUGGGAUUAGUAAGAACAGAUUUUUCAAAAGGUUCCAUGAAAUCCAUUUGGAGUAUCAUUAUUGUACCAGCUGUAUAUCAUUCUUAUAGGUCCUUUAUGCUAUCACACGUCAUAUCUCUGCACUACGUCGAGUGUAUGGCUUUUACAGUAUGCUGGGCUAUGAAGGAAGUCCUGAUAACACCUACAUCAUGAACAAACUACAGUUUUGGCGUUUUCUGAAAGAUAUAUGUCUGCAUCAUGACAAGUAUUCGCUGGCAGACAUGGACCGUUUGAUUGGAGAGUGUAAGUCAUAUGUUCCAUGAAUUUGAUUGGCCAGUGUUAGUCACAUGUUCCUUGAUUUUGAUUGGACAGUACAAGUCAUAUGUUCCUUCAACUAUAUUUAGUGUUAAAAAUUAGAUUUGUUAGAAACUAAAUGAAAAUUUUUACCAAAUAAAUGGAACAAUUGAUACUGUAUUAUUGCACAGGGCAAAUAAUUGCUGCCGUUAAGAAUGAUAUUCUCAUAAUGAACUUGAUGUAAUGAGAGCGCCCAGAUAGUUAGAAUUUAAAACAAAGCCAAGUUUUCUAAGUGAGUUCUUGACAAGAAUAUCUUUCCUCAGGUUACAAGAAGUCCAAAGUUGAACUCCACAAUCCUUAUGAAAAGAUUUUACAAAGGCAGUUUGUCAACAGCCUGGUCAUCCUGGCCCAUUUGAUCUACAAGAAAGAGUAUAAAAAAAACAAGUAAGAUUUUUGGUAGUUCAGUUAUAGACUGUCAUUGAAAUGUUGUAUCCACCCAACUGGUAGUUCAGUUAUAGACUACUGUCAUUGAAAUGUUAUAUCCACCCAACUGGUAGUUCAGUUAUAGACUACUGUCAUUGAAAUGUUGUAUCCACCCAACUGGUAGUUCAGUUAUAGACUGUCAUUGAAAUGUUGUAUCCACCCAACUGGUAGUUCAGUUAUAGACUACUGUCAUUGAGAUGUUGUAUCCAUCCCAAAGGCUAAUAUUUAUUAAACAAUAUGUUGAUUUUCACUGGGGGGAGCGAUGAUAAGAUUAAUUACUUUUUGACCAUUUGUUAUGAAAAUAAGUGGGUGGGGAGUCGUGGGGGGGGGGAAGAAGAGACUGCAGUCAGGUUGGGUAGAAGAAAAUAUGUGAAACAAGGUAUGGGAAAGGACAUAACAAAACCUCAAACAUGUUGUCAAGAAAGGGGGGGGGGGGGGGGGGGGGGGGGGAAGAAGAGACUGCAGUCAGGUUGGGUAGAAGAAAAUAUGUGAAACAAGGUAUGGGAAAGGACAUAACAAAACCUCAAACAUGUUGUCAAGAAGUCUUCUUCAUCGAAGACACGAUUUGGCAUGGACUUUAAAAUUGCAGUCUAUCCAAACAGAGUUGCAGUCUAUCCAAACAGAGUUGCAGUCUAUCCAAACAGAGUUGCAGUCAAAAUAAAUGAUUUAAACUCCUUGAAAAAACAUGGAGAGUUAAAAAAAUCUGAUUGACUUCCAGACCCAUAUAUAAAAGUUGACAGAAGCAAUAGAAAACCUAAAAAUUAAUUAGACAGUAUUGAAUAUGUGCUAACAAAACCUGUGUCAAAAGUAGAUACAUUUUUACAAGCCAAUUAAAUUAUAUUUUGAGAGGAACACUAAAUUCCAUCAAUAAAAUAUUUUCUUUUGCCAGGGAGACUGGUCCAGUUCUAGAGUACUGUUUCUCCCGUUUGAUGACUGAAAGAAUUCUUAGAUUUGCCUGUGUGGUCAAAGGUAGGCUUGUGGUCAAAAGUGGGCUUGUGGUCAAAGGUGGGCUUGUGGUCAAAGGUAGGCUUGUGGUCAAAGGUGGGCUUGUGGUCAAAGGUGGGCUUGUGGUCAAAGGUGGGCUUGUGGUCAAAGGUGGGCUUGUGGUCAAAGGUGGGCUUGUGGUCAAAGGUGGGCUUGUGGUCAAAGGUGGGCUUGUGGUCAAAGGUGGGCUUGUGGUCAAAGGUGGGCUUGUGGUCAAAGGUGGGCUUGUGGUCAAAGGUGGGCUUGUGGUCAAAGGUGGGCUUGUGGUCAAAAGUGGGCUUGAAUUUGAUGUCUUCCUUUAGAAAUAUCUUUUCUUAAAAAUGAGCAUAAAUAUUACAGUACAAAAUAUCUGACAUGCUUUUUUUGUGUCUAUAUGAGAAUACAGUAUUUUCAGCAUAGGAAAAAGUUAUUUGUGUGUGAUGGUAAUUGGUGGGUCAAGAUGAUUGGUGGGUGAAGGUUACUGGUGGGUGAAGGUUACUGGUGCGGAUGAAAGUCAAUAAAAUAAGAAAUGAGCAUUUUGCUAUUAUUGUCUGCAUUAAACAGUCCCUCUGUAUUAUCUUAAGAAUAAAUCGUUAUAGAAUUCACUUCAAAUGUACCUGUCAGGUAUAAUUAAAUGAAGUAAAGUUUGGAGCUUGGUGGGAGGGAGUUUUUCCACCUCUUUUUGUGUCAGUGACUAUCAUGGCCUUGAUGGGGCUGGAUGUGUUACACGUUUCACCAUGCUUACAUGUUUCACCAUGCUUACAUGUUUCACCAUGCUUACAUGUUUCACCAUGCUUACAUGUUUUACCAUGCUUACAUGUUUCACCAUGCUUACAUGUUUCACCAUGAUUACAUGUUUCACCAUGCUUACAUGUUUCACCACGCUUACAUGUUUCACCACACUUACACAUUCACCAUGCUUACAUGUUUCACAUGCAUGCAGGUUUCACCAUGCUUACAUGUUUCACCAUGCUUACAUGUUUCACCAUGCUUACAUGUUUCACCAUGCUUACACAUUUCACCAUGCUUACACGUUUCACCACGCAUACAUGUUUCACCAUGCAUACAAUUUUCACCAUGCUUAUAUGUGUCACCAUGCUUACAUGUUUCACCAUGCUUACAUGUUUCACCAUGCUUACAUGUUUCACCAUGCUUACAUGUUUUACCAUGCUUACAUGUUUUACCAUGCUUACAUGUCAACAAUUGUGUGUUCUACUUCCUGUUUGAACAGGACCACUGUACCAUGAGACCAGAAGAGCUGUCAAUGCAUUGGUGCACAUGGACCAAGCUUAUGAAAUCUACCAAGCAAUCUGCACACCAAGAAUGGUAAGUCCUUGUACACUCGGAGUGCUAAGUCCUUGUAAACUCAGAGUGCUAAGUCCUUGUACACUCAAAGUGGUAAGUCCUUGUACACACAUUCAGGUAAGUCCUUAUACACACAGUCUGUUAAGUCCUUAUACACACAGUCUGGUAAGUCUUUGUACACUCAGUCUGGUAAGCCCUUGUACACUCAGUCUGGUAAGCCUUUGUAUACUCAGUCUGGUAAGUCCUUGUACACUCAAAGUGGUAAGUACUUGUACAUUCAGACUGCUAAGUAAUUGUACUCUCAAAGUGGUAAGUCCUCUUACAUUCAGCCUGGUUAGUCCUUGUACAAUCAUACUGGUAAGUCCUUGUACACUCAAAGUGGUAAGUCUUGUACACACCGAGUGGUAAGCCCUUGUACGCUCAGUCUGGUCAGUAUCUCUUACAGUAACUACAGCUGAAGUCUGAUGUGUCCUAUUAUCUCCGAUGUUUUCUAUUCUAGACAUUAAUGCAGUGUUCUCUAUUGCAGAAACCACCCAGGGAGCCCGUGUUGAAAAUGAGGUCAUUCCUGCAUUUCAUCAAAGUAAGAAAUCUUCAUUUGAAUAAGUCACCACAACUUGUUCAAACAGUCCACUAAACCAAUAUUGAAUCAAAUAUUUAAAAUAGUUUUAGAUACUUUUUAGGUUAUCUAUUUGUAUUACACUUUAAUUUGUUUCUAAGUGAAGUCAAUUUAUGAAGACUUUCAUUAAGUUUUUAUGGAAGUUACAUUUCUAAAUGAAGAAAAGCCCAGGAAAGCUGCAUCACUACAGUGUUGAAUUAAUGAAAACAUCCUGACACAAUUUAAAAUGUGUUACUUGAUGAUACACUUGGUGUGUACUGAGUCUUAAUUCCUUAUCUGGACCACCAUUGUCUCAUCGACCACCAUUGUCUCAUUGAUCAUUUUAUUGCCGAUGUAAAUACAGCCAGUGAAUAAAAUCUUUCUUGCAGGAGUUAGGUCUUAUCAACAAUGACCUAACACCAGCUAAAAUUGUACAGCUGUUGACCUCUGACAAUCCAAAUGUUAGUGACGGAGAGGGCUGCUUCAACCUUGAACUUGAGGUGAUUAUACUGUUAAUAAUCAACGUGAGAUAGCUCAGCGAUUAAACAGUUACACAGUUUUUAGCAUGCUAAAAAAAUUAUUUUUAAAAGGCAGUACAACCCUUCCAAAGCCCAGUGGUGUGCAACCUUGCCAAACCUCCCUGACACUCUAGAACACUUUCUGUUUAGUGCUAUUUAAAAUGGAUGUAUUUUAGUUUUGGGGAUAUGUUUCUAGUCAAGGACAUAACUUCUCUUCACCAGUGCCAUCAGAUACGCUCUGUUGAAAUGUAUUGUGUUAGAAUACAAAAAGCUUCCUAUAUGUAUGUGUCCCCUAUCAGCUGCCCCCCCCCCCCAUAUGCACAUGUUCCCAUCAGCUGCAUGCUUCACUUGUUUCUGUUCUUCUCUCAUAUAUCAUAUUUCUUAUAAACAUUUGAGGCAUUACAUUAAACAAUGAUUUACUGGCCAACUGAUUGCUCGGAAAACUCUUUGACAGAUGACUUUCUUGGAAUACUUCGAGGCCUUGCUUCUCUGUGCUGAGAUAUUUGUGACGGAGAGUGUUGUUCUAGACCCGACCACUCCACGUCCCAGUUUGAAGUUACUGCAGGAACUCAGCCAGUAUUCAGGGGAGAUGACAACUUCACAUGCUGCCAGUCAGGUAUUCCGUGGAUAUGGCAUGGUGUUAGCCAGGUAUUGAGUGGCUAUGACAGUGUCACAUGGUGUCAGACAGUGGAUAUGACACUACAAAAUAAUCUUGAGAAAAAAUUGACCAAACCCAUAACAUUUUACCACUCACAAAGCAAUUUGGCAUGAAAAUCUAAUGGGCAAUCCAUUAAAAGUUUAGAUGUUAAAUCUGGCCACAAAUUAUUAGACUUAUAUAUUUAUUUGAAAAUAGGUCAGUAUUUUUAUUGCUCUUUUUCAGUGCUUUCCAAACUGUGUGUCAUGACACAAUAGUCACUCGCAGUGUGUAGGUGUGUUGCCCGAAAGUAAACCAUAUGAACAUUCACAUAUUUAUUUUGGACUUAAAAAACCGCUAGUAUUGAAUUAAGAAAAAAAUUAUGGACAAACAGGUGUAGUAGUAAAUUAUAUUGAAAGCAGACGUCUUUAAUCAAGAUCAGUUAUGAGGUUAUGGGAUCAACAUUUAGAAGCUGAUAUAAACAUGAACAGAAAUUGUCGAGCUGUUGUUGUGUGUUGACAAAUUGAGGGAAAUUCUGCUGACAUAUUUUGUCUUAGGAAAGUAGUCCAAGGGAUUUUUGUGAUUCAUUGAAAACAGAAUUUGUGGACACAAUAAUUGUCGUUCCUUGAUCUGGCUGACAUAUUGGAAUGUUCAAAUAAAACAACCACUAGGAAACAAGAUAGUGAUUAGGAAAUGGAAAGUGACUGAAGAGAAUGUGGAAAAGUGUUGUGGCUGAGUGUGAGCUAAAUGUGAUAAUGCUGGUGCUCAUUGCUGUAAGAGAAAGUUCAACUGAUUGUGAACCAUUUGACAUUGCUGCAAGAGAAAGUUCAUACUUGCUUCUCAAUUGCUAAAAUCCAAGUCUAUGAUAGGAUGAGGAAUCCAUUUCUCACAACUGACUGAUGAACUUUUCACUUACCAAGGAAGAAGAAUAUUAAGCUGAACUUACAAAUGAUUAGAAUCUAUGCAAAUGUGGAUUUAUUUCUUUGAUUUGUUUCAAAAUUGCAUGACAACAAUAAAUGAAAGAAUUUCAUGAGUUUGUUGUCAACAUACAUUGCAGUAUUACACUUUCUAUAUCUGUGCUGCCUGCCUUGAAAUGAGUUCAGCUUUGUUGUCAACAUACAUUGCAGUAUUACACUUUCUAUAUCUGUGUACAAGUUGUUUAAAGAGAUGCCCUUAAAUUACUGGUUGUUUAAAGAGAUGCCCUUAAAGUACUGGUUGUUUAAAGAGAUGCCCUUAAAGUACUGGUUGUUUAAGUGAUGCCCCUAAAGUACUGGUUGUUUAAAGAGAUGCCCUUUAAGUACAAAUUGUUUAAAGAGAUGCCCUUAAAGUACUGGUUGUUUAAAGAGAUGCCCUUAAAGUACUGGUUGUUUAAAGAGAUGCCCUUAAAGUACUGGUUGUUUAAAGAGAUGCCCUUAAAGUACUGGUUGUUUAAAGAGAUGCCCUUAAUGUACUGGUUGUUUAAAGAGAUACCCUUAAAGUACUGGUUGUUUAAAGAGAUGCCCUUAAAGUACUGGUUGUUUAAAGAGAUGCCCUUAAAGUACUGGUUGUUUAAAGAGAUGCCCUUAUAGCACUGGUUGUUUAAAGCGAUGCCCUUAUAGUACUGGUUGUUUAAAGAGAUGCCCUUAUAGCACUGGUUGUGUAAAGAGAUGCCCUUAAAGUACUGGUGGUUUAAAGAAAUGCCCUUAUAGUACUGGUUGUUUAAAGAGAUGCCCUUAAAGUACUGGUUGUGUAAAGAGAUGCCCUUAUAGUACUGGUUGUUUAAAGAGAUGCCCUUAAAGUACUGGUUGUUUAAAGAGAUGCCCUUAUAGUACUGGUUGUGUAAAGAGAUGCCCUUAUAGUACUGGUUGUUUAAAGAGAUGCCCUUAUAGUACUGGUUGUUUUUGUGAAAUAACACUCCAACUAUGUCCUACAUUUUAUUUGCCAGUCUGCCAUGGAUGAUGAGGAAGAAGCCGCCACUGUUCCAGCCGAGUCCAUUUCUCCCAUUCCAAUAACACCGCUCAGAAAUGGGUCAUCAGCAGCCAACACUGUGCUCAACAUUAAACCAGGAGAGUCUCCUAUGAGGGGGUCAUUGUCUUUAGUGAGUCACCCAAUUCUUUACUAGGGUAACAGUUGAUCAUAGACCAUAACUUACGGACAUCCCCAUAGGACAUCAACAUGGGACAUCCCCAUAGGACAUCAACAUGGGACAUCCCCAUAGGACAUCAACAUGGGACAUCCCCAUAGGACAUCAACAUGGGGAUAUGGGGAUAUCAACAUGGGACGUCAUUGCUUCUGUGAAUUUUUUUCCCCCCAAAAAAGCUCCACACACAUAAUAUUCCCCACAUAAAAAUUCCCCACAUAAAUGACUUUGCACACAAAUAUUCAUCACAUUUGUGUGUGUGCUGCAAGCCUAUCAGAUGUGUAAAACUCAAUGAACUAAAAAAAUAAAUUAUAUUUUAAAAAAAAGGAUAAAAUUGUUGAAUUUGAACACAUUUUUUUUUUGUCUGUUACAGCACACCAGUGAAUCAAACGUCACAGUGAAUCUCAAUCAGAGCAGGCGGGAUAGUUUACGUCCUGGUCAGUGCCAAUAUAGACCAUCUAGUAGUUAACUAAUUGAGCUUGAAUAAAUAGUUUUGAAACACCACCUUAAAGCAUUUAAUUGAUGAACUGUUAUAUUGUCCCCAUUGGAUCAUUUCUAAAUGAAACUUUUGGAACAGUUCAAACUUUGAACCCUGCAGUUAACACUAAAUCUAACUAUUUUCACUGGAAACUUUGAACCUUGUAGUUAACACUAAAUCUAUGUAUGUUCACUAGUUCAAACCAUCAAUGUUGGUUCGUCUGCAGAUACUCAGAAGACAUCCAGCGCUAUAAAAAGCCAUUCUCCGGUUCAGGAAAUGAAUGAAGACUCGAACGAGUCGGACAGUCGAAGCGGUAGUGCAAGCCAACCAGGACAAGGUGAGUGCAGUAGACAAUGAAUUGGGAAAUACAUUUCUAAAAAGAAACUUGCUAAAAGGACAUUUCUCUGAACUCAAUGACAAUCCUUGAUAAAUGUAACAGGUGAAGAGAUCUGACUCAAAAUCCUGCAGUGGUUAAUGGAUUAUUGGAAUAAGAUGUUUCACAAGGGUUAUUGGAAUAAGAUGCUGUACAAUGGUUAUUGGAAUAAGAUGUUGUACAAUGGUUGUUGGAAUAAGAUGCUGUACAAUGGUUAUUGGAAUAAGAUGUUGUACAAUGGUUGUUGGAAUAAGAUGCUGUACAAUGGUUAUUGGAAUAAGAUGCUGUACAAUGGUUAUUGGAAUAAGAUGCUGUACAAUGGUUAUUGGAAAAAGAUGCUGUACAAUGGUUAUUGGAAAAAGAUGCUGUACAAUGGUUAUUGGAAUAAGAUGCUGUACAAUGGUUAUUGGAAAAAGAUGCUGUACAAUGGUUAUUGGAAAAAGAUGCUGUACAAUGGUUAUUGGAAUAAGAUGUACAAUGGUUAUUGGAAUAAGAUGCUGUACAAUGGUUAUUGGAAUAAGAUGCUGUACAAUGGUUAUUGGAAUAAGAUGUACAAUGGUUAUUGGAAUAAGAUGCUGUACAAUGGUUAUUGGAAUAAGAUGCUGUACAAUGGUUAUUGGAAUAAGAUGUUGUACAAUGGUUGUUGGAAUAAGAUGUUUCACAAUGGUUAUUAGAAUAAGAUCUUUCACAAUGGUCAUUAUAGUGUUUAUUGGAAUAAGAUUUUGUUCAAUUAUUCAUUGCUGAUAAAAAUUAAUGAUGAUACUUGUGAGAAAAUACUUGCUGCUCCAGACUAUAAGUUCCACCAGUGGUUCUAUGACUGCACCACAGGAGGACUUAUCAGUUUCACUUUUAUACUGGUACAUUUUCAAUAAGCACAUACUCUAUAUAUGGCAUCCUUCCGUCUUCAUGAGACGCUUCAACAAAUGGCUCAUCAUGCCGAUCCCAGAAUGGCAGUCUCAGCUGAAUUUUCCGCAAGAGAACCUUGACUCCUGGUUAGAUUAGGCCUUCCACAUUGCUGGUUUUGUUAAAGGGCUUCGUUUCGCACUUCUUCUGCCAUUUUGACUCCUUCAUACACUGCUGUUCCCCAGAUGUAACUGCUCAGCAAUGAGCUCUCAUUCGUUGAUUUCUAUGUUGGCUUCCCUCAUGCUCCUUUUGCAAACGUCCAUAAAUCCCAUCCAUGGCCAUCCUGUACAUCUUGCCCCUUCUGCCAACUUUCCAUACAGAAGAUUCUUUGGAAUACGGCCUUACUCUAAACACAUGUUUGAAUAGGCUACGAGUUUAGCACUGUGUUAUUCAUUUAUUUUACAAGCAUCAAAUCUUAUGUUUAACAGAUGCACUGUGACAGGAUUGUUGCUAUUUACAGUGUUUUUAAUGUUCAAUCUCAUAUGAGUCUUAAGGUGUUGUGUUAAAUAGCAACUAAAAUAACAUGAAGUUUAACUUUCCACCUAGGACUCUUAUCCCCAUACAAAACUUCUACAAAUUUCAAUACUGUGAAAAGCCCCAGAAGCCCAUAUUUCUCACCUUACCCAGGUAUAAUAAGUUUUGUUUGAGGUUACAUGUUUUUUACUGUUUAAACAUGAGAAGUUUAUCCCUAACUUUGUACUGGCUGGACUGUUCUGUUGAAGUUUAUCCCUAACUUUGUACUGGCUGGACUGAUCUGUUGAAGUUUAUCCCUAACUUUGUACUGGCUGGACUGAUCUGUUGCGAUUUUAUUUAGAUCAGCAGGAAAUAUUUUGUUCACACCUUCAGUUUAAUUUUAAUCUACCUUAAAAUUUAAGUCAGUCUAAAGAAAAAACCAGUUUAGUAUAUAAUAAUUAACUUCCUAUACUGAACAAAUGUGUUUCGCUGUGGGUCUUUUGUUAGGGGCUCAUUAGCUGUAAGUAUUAGGUUAGAGGCUCAUUAGCUGUGAGUCUUUGGUUAGGGGCUCAUCGGUCGUAUAAAAAAAAUAGGUAUUAUCUUACUUCAGUGAAAGAAAAUAUUAUGAAACUCAUGCAAAAACAAAUAGUUUCAGCUAAAUAGAAGACAUUUAAAUGAAAGACUAGUUAUGCUGGUGUGCCGUAGUUAAGCUGGCUGGUGUGCUGCAGUUAUGCUGGUGUGCCUUACAUUUAUAGUUUUCUAAUUCAUGAUUUUACUCAUUUACUCAUUGCAAUUGUAUUUAUGUUGGAUUGGAAAUUUUUUUAACUCAUCAAUUUUUUCGAAUUAUUUAAAUAUUUAAAAAAAAAGAGUUUAAGGAAAUGAAGAGGAAUGUAUUAAAUAAAUUAUGAUAUUUAAAGGAAAAUACUUUUUAACAAAAAAUGAAAAACAGAAAACAUGCCAAUAUUAGAAAAGGAAUAAUUGUCAAUUUUUACCCUACUGCAAGAAAAGAAGAUCCAGAAUAGCAGUGUUGUUAUUAUGGUACAUCUAUUGCUGGAGAUACAACAUUUAAACAUACUGUUAUUUUAUGUAGGAAACAAUCAUUCAUGUAGUUAGGUAGACUUGGUAGUGACUUAAAUCUGUGUAUUUUAUUGUUCAGAGUUCGAGUCUCCCGUGGAAGCAGAUGGCGAGGCAGUCAUGUUGGACGAUAACACCAAAAAAUUCAACUUCUGGACCCAUCAGAUUCACAUCUUCUUCUUGAGGAAAUUCUUUCCCAGCGCUGAGAGGUACCUGGCGGCCCAGAGGUCAAAGGCCAUCAUCAGAGUGGAGCACAGGAGGAGGCAGACUAUCACAGGACCGACCUGUGAGCUCAGAGAGGAAUGACAUUCAAAUAUUGUUAUUGUUUUUAAGCAAAGCCUCUAAAUUUAUUGGAGCACAACUCUAAUAUUGUUUUUAUGUCCCUUUGCAUACAAUGUUUUCAAAUCUCUCCUAAUAUUACAAUAUAGUAUUGAAGUGAACAGUGUCUGUCACAUUCACUGGUCAGGUCAGUUUUGAUAUCACUACUUGUCAACUGAGUUUUGAUAUCACUACUCUUAAGGUCCGUUUUGAUAUCACAACUCUUCAGGUCCGUUUUGAUAUCACUACUUGUCAACUGAGUUUUGAUGUCAUCACUUGUCAGGUCGAUUUUGAUAUCACGACUUGUUAACUGAGGUUUGAUAUCACUACUUGUCAGCUCAGUUUUGACAGCACCAUUCUGUAAGACAGUUGUGAUAUCACUAUUGAAAAUAAAAAAAUUUGCAAAUCUUAAAGAACAACCGUCCUUGCUUUUGUCUGAGAUAAAAUGGUUUAUCGCUUGCCACACUAUGAAGUUAUAUCAUUCUGUUUUAUCAAUCAUGUUGUCAAUAGUAAGCCAAAUCUUUAUAUCAACUGAUAUCUUCAUCUUGGAGUGCAACAUUAUUGUACACUUGCUCUCCACCAUAAUCUUUACACAAAUAGAAAGGUUGCCCAAAUCGGUUUAUUUUCUUGUGAAUAUCCCCUCCCACCCCCCAUUUUUUUUCCUUCUUUUAUAAUCAGAGACCAUCUAAAAAAACCUGUCAGAGUUGAUUGUCCUACCUAUUUUGUGGGGAGAGGACUUCUUACAUUGCGGGACUCAAUUUUUUCUUCUUGAAACUUGAACUCUUAACAAUUAACGUUAAAAAGUUUCAAGUGUAACUCGAUCAAAAAAGUCAUGGCUAUUUACUUGGUUCCAUAACAUUUAUCUUUUGGUCAGAAUCCAUGGAUAGGUUAGGCUGUUGGAUCAACUCUCAAAGUGGCGGCCAUAAGAGUUCAUAAUAUGUGGAUUUUACAGUGGAUUUUACAGAGUAUUACGCUACAUCUUGCUGUUCAGUCUCUUUGUUUCACUUGUAUAAGAACAGAGCUGACUCAGUGGUGUUUAGAUUUCACCUCUGCCAUUUCUUUCAAACCUGGUAUUAAAAUAUUGAAAUAUUG